AUGGAGACCCCUUUCCUCUGCCCUGCGAUCCGAGUGGCCUCGGCUCUGCAUGCAGCUCUGCGCGACAGCGGCAAGUUUUUUGACACGGUUCGGGCCCUGAACCAGCUUGCCGCCGCCAACGUGAAUUCACGUCGCGCCCAGGGGCACGACCGCGCACCAGAAGGGCACCUCCGGCCGACCGCCGUGCAGCAGUGGAUGAUCCAGAAUGUCGCCCGGCGUGUACUGGCGUAUGGGGAUUGCCCCACUGACCUCACAGAGGAGUCAUCGUUGCACGAGAUCCUCGACUCGAGAGACCACUACGGGAUGGAGCCCAAGAACUUGGCCAGCUUCGACUUCGACAAGGUCAAGAUCCUGCACAGGAAGGUCCACGUUCGGCCGAUACGUCGGGAGUUGCCCGCGUCGGCCGCUGGCUACCUUCGGCAUGCUUCCGACUUGAUCGAGAUGGACGAAGCGGAGCUUGAGAGAAAUCGUGCCGAGGGAGUGGGUGUCACGCCAUACUGGGACCCCCUCCUCCGGCGCUCGCGAGACCUUCGGAAGCGACUGUACCAGCGCCUGGACCAGCAGGGCCUGCUGACUUGGCGCCGGCGGCUGAAGGGGCAUGCGGGCAUCUUCGUGGUCAAGAAAAAGGAUGGGCUCCAGAGGUUGAUCAUCGACGCCCGAGCGGCCAAUCGGGCGCAUCGGCCACCUCCCACUACUCGGCUAGGCUCCUCGCGAUGCAUGGCCGACCUCGACCUCUCCGACCCCCGCCUGAAAGCAUCGGGCUUCGGGGGCCUCGGCUCUGGGGCCUUCAGCCCAGCUGGCCGCGAGGGGGACGUCGGGGACUGUUUCUACAACUUCACCAUCCCCGAGCUGGCGAGCUGGUUCGGCUUCGCAGACCAGUUCGGCACCCACGAGCUGACGGAGAUGGGCUGCCUGCCGGACUCGAUCUGGGACGACGCCGAGGGGGCCGAGACCAAGGUCGAGGACGGCGAGCUGCUCUACCCCUGCAUGCGCGCGGUGUGCAUGGGCUGGUCCUGGGCGCUCUACUUCGCCAACGAGGCCGUGACCUACCGAGUCCAGCGGGCGCUGCCCGACGGGGCCGAGAAGGUGAUGAGGGAGAUGCAGCUUGCCCCGACCAUCGAGCCCGGCAAGUGCGCUGCCGGAGUGCACGUGGACAACGUGCAGGUGAUCGGGGGCUGCGAGGCUGACGCCAACACUCAGAUGCAUGAAAUCGAGAAUCUUUUUCGAGAGGACCGGAUACCUUUCGACGUGGAGCCGGGGGACAGUUUGGAGAUGCAGUCCCUCGGCCUGGUGUACCACUGGCAGGAGCGUCGCCUGAGGCAUGUGGCUCGGCGCGUCUGGCGGACCUACAUGGCCGGACACGCCCUUUUGAGACGCCGCAAGCUCCACGGGCACGCGCUCCAGUGCUGGCUGGGGCACGUCGUGAACCUGAACCAGCUCUGCCCCGAGGCGAUGUCCGCGCUGAACGCCUGCUACCGCUUCAUCGAGGAGUCGCUGGAGUCGCCCAAGCGGGUCUGGCCCUCCGUGAAGUCCGAGAUCCGCUGCUCGAUGAACUUGCUCUUCCUGAUGGAGGCGGACCUGGGCGCGACCUACUCGGACCAGGUUUACUGCGGGGACUCGUCCGGUCGCGGCUACGCACUCCACGUGACGACCGCCGAGCCGACCGAGCUCCGAGAAGCCUGGAGGUGGAGAGAACGCUGGCGGUACCGCGACGUCCCGACGGUGACGGGUCACGUCAGCAGCGGGCUCGACUACGUGCGCGGCGGCACGCCCGGCACCGCCACUGGCCCGAGGACCGCCUUCGGCCAGUCCCUGCUGAGUCAGGCGGAGGCGCCGGAGGAGGCGAGCGGCCUGGCUCCCUCUCCGGCCCGAAGCCGCGCUGCGAAGCCGGCUCGAGGCCGCACCCAGCUGCAUCUUGACUCGGGCAUUCCCGCCUUGGAGGACAGCUGGGUGGCCAGGCGCCGCUACAAGCUGGUCGCCGCGGACCGCUGGCGCUGGCAGGACGAGCACAUCAACCUCAAGGAGGCGAGGGUCGCCUUGAUGGGGCUCCGACGGCACUGCCGAUCGGUGAAGUUCAUGGGCACAAAGCUGCUCUCGAUCAGCGACAGCCAGGUCACCGUCGGGGCCUUCGAGAAGGGCCGCUCCAGCGCGGGCCUGCAGGCCCUCUGCAGGCGCGCAGCCGCCUACCGCCUGGGGGGGCAGAUCUCCUGGCGGCUCAGGUACAUCGAGACUGACCGUAACCCGAGUGACGAGGACUCCCGGCGCUGGGACCUGAAGAAGCCGGCUGGGCUGAACCGGGGGCCCGAGCGCCCCAUCACCGUCCCGCGGAAGGACUCGCUGAUCAUGGCGACGGUGACCGGAGGCGCGCUGGAGAGGUACGCGACGGCAGUCCACGAGUUCGAGACCUACGCGAAGGAGAGGCGCCUGCCGCUGCAGCCGCUAGCACGCCUGGACGACAGCCUCUCCCUCUACUUCGUGGACCUGUUCGACGACGGCUUCGGGGUCUGGGAGGGGCGCAACGCUUUCUACGGGUACAAGCUGCUGAAACUCAGGACGACAGGCAAGGUCGACCUCCCAAAGGCGCUGGCCUCCCUGAAGGGUUGGACGAAGCGGGCGCCCGGGAGGAUGCGUCUGCCGCUGCCCGACAUCAUCGUGGACGACAUCGCGCUGGGCCUGGUGGAGCACGGGAACCCCCUGAUGGGGGCCGCGGUGGUGAUCCAGACAGACACCUACACGCGGCCCUCCGAGGUGGUGGGCCCGAGGCAGGGCCAGAUCUUGCCGCCGGCGCCGGUCGCGAAGCUCGGCGCGCACUAUGGCAUCGUCAUCGCGCCUUCGGAGUGGCACGAGACGACGAAGACGGGCGGCCAGGGCGACAGCCUGCUCGUGGGCGACGUGGCGAGGCCCUGGCUCACGAGCGUGCUGCGGCUGCUCCACAAGCCCAACGUGUCGGACAAGAAGAAGAUCUUCGACUUCACCCUCGGCGACUACGAGCGCGAGGUGAAGAAGUCGGCCUGCCGCCUGGGCUACACCCCCCUGGGCGCGUGCCCGCACGUCUUCCGGCACUCAGGCGCCAGCAAUGACAAGGCGCACUCCCGGAGGACGUUGAAAGAGGUUCAGAAGCGCGGACGAUGGGCAUCAUCCGCGUCGGUGGCUCGCUACGAGAAGGGGGCCCUGAUCUUGCAGCAGUUGCGCAAGGUUCCCUUGGCCAGGCAGAAGAAGGCGGCGGAGCGCAGCAAGCGCCUGCCGCAGGUCCUCCUUCAAAAGAUUCGUGGAGUGUAG